AUGGCGUCGGAGUCGCUGAAUUCGUCCCAAGAGGACGUGCGAGAGCAUAGCAGCCGCAAUUCGGCGGCACGAAAUCGAGAGGGGACUCCGUAUGCGGCUCGCGCUGCUGCUGGGGCGGCGGUGGCCAACUCGUUCUUCCCGUUGGGGUACCGCGAAGGGUUCAGUCAAUGGUGGGCUCGUCUGCCUGCUGCGGCCGCUGAACACAAAGUCCUCUCUUACUUGCCCUACCUGCAUCACCAGCCUCCAACCCAUCUCCAGACCGGUUACGUUGCGAGUUUCCCCAACGGUUCGACCCCCGACAGUCUACAGUCGGCAGACCAUAGCCAACAAGGGGAGAUCUCAACCAACUCCCAAAAUGACCCAUAUGGCCCACGCCGAUGGAGUUCUAGCAUGGUGGAACUGAGUGGCAAAGAUCGAGCCCUCAACGAGUUCUCAGUUGAACGAGUGGGUGAGGAUGCCGAUCAGCAUUUGGUCAUGUUGCACGGCUACGGUGCCGGAUUAGGCUUCUUCUAUAAAAAUUUUGAGCCUCUCAGUCGCCUGAGAGGCUGGCAGCUACACGCCCUGGACAUGCUUGGCAUGGGUCGGAGCACUCGGCCACCGUUCAAGAUCAAAGCGAAGGAAAGGGAAGAGGCGAUUCGGGAAGCUGAGGCGUGGUUUGUGGAUGCGCUGGAAGAAUGGCGCAUCAAGCGCAAAAUUGACCGCUUCACCUUACUGGGCCACAGCUUGGGUGGUUACAUGGCCGUCGCCUAUGCCCUCAAAUACCCCGGACACCUGAACAAAUUGAUUCUCGCAUCCCCCGUCGGUAUUCCCGAGGAUCCCUAUGCCGUGACAGCAGACGUCCCGGAGCCUUCGGAGUCGACCCUUGCCAACGAGCUCACUCAAGACCAGCGAGAAAUCACUGCCAGCGCUGCAGUCCCGGGUUCUGCGCCCAGGACCAGUGAUGGUAGCUUCAUCACGGGCCGCGGCUCCGAACCACCUACCGAAGCUCCGAACCGGCCGCCGCGUCGCAAUCUUCCGAAGUGGUUUGCUUACUUGUGGGAUGCGAAUAUCUCGCCUUUCAGCUUGGUGCGAUGGACUGGUCCGUUCGGGCCCCGGAUCGUAUCUGGAUGGACCUCGCGCCGGUUUUCUCAUCUCCCUGCGGAAGAAGCUAAAGCGCUCCACGACUACUCCUACUCGAUAUUCAGUCUCCGGGGCAGUGGCGAAUAUGCAUUAGCUUAUAUCCUUGCCCCCGGUGCAUUCGCUCGCAGUCCUCUGAUCCACCGCAUCCAUGGCGUCGGGCGGCAAAUGAUUCGCUCUGAAAAUAAUCCGCUUCCCAACCCAGCCGAUACAGCGUCGUCUUCAUGCUCAAUCUUCUCUAAAAUUUCCGCCAGGCCUGCAGCUCCAGAACCUAUCCCAAAGGAAACCACCAGUUCGGCGUCUUCUCUACCUGAGACCCCUACACCGAAACGUGAAAACGGGCUCCCAAUUGUCUUUAUGUAUGGUGACCACGACUGGAUGGAUGUCACUGGUGGUCAUGCCGCUGCGGCUCGCCUCGAGGAAGAGAAGAAGCGUGUCCUGGUCAAUGCUACGCCCGAAGAGCGAUUGAAUGACCAAGGCUCGGCCAAGGUUGUCGUCAUCAAUCGAGCGGGACACCAUCUCUACUUGGAUGGAUGGGAAGAAUUCAACAAGGUUGUUUUGUCCGAAAUGGAGGAUGUGAAUCGACGCGAGCGAGGAACUUGA